GUGAACUUUCGAGCGCUCACUUUGUGUGUAAUGUUUUCAGUUGCUUUUUUAGUUAUCAUAAACUUUGUAGUUUCAGUGUCUUCUGAGUUCAGUACCAGUCUGUCAAUUUUUAAUGGUGGUUCUUGGAUCGUAACGAGGUCAAAAAUUGUAUAUCUUGGACAACCACUUCGGUUACGGUGUACAGCUACUGGGCCUGACAAUAUCACAAUAAAUCGAAAAGACUACGACAAGAAUGUGACCACAGAACUGGUGGCAAAAUUUGGCACUGAAGUGAGCUGGGAAGUCACAGAAACUGAAUUUUCUGACUCUGGUGUUUAUGAAUGUGUAUCCAGAGGGCUUUCUGAUAUAGUUACUGUGUACAUAUACUCAAUUAUUGCAACAAAUGAUGUUAUUGUGCCAACAAUUGAAUAUAUAGACAAAAUUGGAAGCUUCAAUUUUACACGAAGACAUCUUGACACUAGUGCAUUUCUAGAUACUGAUAGAAAUUGGAUGUCGUGUACAUGUGUUGUUGGAAGUGUAAAAUUGUUAGAUAUUAUAACUGUGACAUGGGAAGGUGGACUUUUUGAUGAUACUUCAGUUAAUCAAAGUCAAAUUCAUCAAAUUUAUUCAAAGACAACAAUAAGAGAUCCAUCGAUAAGAGCGGUUACAGCUCGUCUUCGAUUGAAUUUACCACUUCUUGAUCAACGUGUUUUUGGCCAAUAUCGUUGUGUAUUUAGCUUUUCAAAAUCAGAGCAUGCUGUGGCAACAGUUCACCUGAAAGUGCCUCCAAUUUUACGUUUGGUUCAUGAUCCCCCACCAAUUCCUCCAACUAAUUCUUCUGGUCGAUAUACAUGUACAAGUAGUCUGUGUACAACACCAAUUCCCGAGGAACAUUCAAAUUCCAAUUGGACAAAUGCUUGUGAAAUUCUUGUCGCAUAUCCGCUAGUAAAAUCUAAAAAUUUAAUCUGGGCAUGGACACAACCACAAUGGGCUGCAUAUAUCAUUCGAAAAGUUGAAGAAGUUGGUAAAGCAAAUGUUCUAUCAGAUUUUUCAAUGUUAAACGAUAAUGAAAUAGGCAGUUAUGGACCAUGGGAGGUAUUAGAACGUCGACGUAGAUCAACAAGUACUGACUCUGAUAUGGAGAAACCGGAUCUUGUUAAAUCUGGUCCUAUACUAUUUUGGUGUUGGGCUAAUAAUGAUGUUGGACAAACAACUAUAUGGUGGCCUGGUCCAGUUGACAGUUACAGCUAUUCAAUUUGGUCGUCUGUUUGGUGGCCAUUACUUGGUGUUACACUUGAGCUGUUAAGUUUAGCUGUAGUCUUUAUCUUCUUUCGUUAUUGUCGUCGGCAGAGAUUACGUUAUGGAGUUGGUAAUACACCAGAAACUGGUGGUUCUUUUGGUCGUUCACGUCUACUUGACACUGAUGCUGAUGGGGAUCAAGUUGAAAUGAAAGCCACGAAUACUUCAUCAUCGUCUUCAACAUCUGUUAUCGGUUUACAUACACAUGGACCUAUACCGUAUAUACGUUUAUCAAAUCAAAAUAAACAUUCGAAUAAUAGUAAUAAUAAUAAUAGUAAUGGUAAUAAUAAUAAUAGUUUUCUAACUAAAAUCACUGGCAUAAAUCACUCGUCAACCGAUGGCUAUAUGAAUCCAAAUUUAAUACAAGAUCCAGUUGAUGCAGAAGUUGAAGCUAUGGCCAGUGUACAAAAUCUACACAAUGAACGUGAAUUAAUCGAUGAUGAUUAUUUUUGGGAUUCAGAUACUGGUGGUAACAAUGUGGAUGAUAACACUACAACAAGGACAAGAAAUAAUCAUCAAACAGUUGCAUAAAGUAAAAAUAAAACAGAAGAACUUCUUUAUGUAAUAUAUAUGUACAAUUAAGCAUCAAUCCAUAGUGAUUUAUACACUUAGAUGUGUCAGUAUGAAUUGAUCAACUUUAGAUAAGAAGAAAAUAAACCUGGUGCCGAGUUUUCUAAUUCAUUUUCCUCAAAAACCGCCAGUCCAACAACAUUUAUAUACAUACUCAUUUCCUGUACUAUAUCUAUAUCUAUAUACAUAUACAUAUAAAUGUUGUUAAACAGCAUUUAUAUAUAUUUUUUCUGUGUACAAUUAUGAUUUUGAAAGAUUCUAUUUGUGUCAAGAAACCUACUUAGCAUUGAAUCAUGUCAAACAACAUUGUUUAAAUUUGUUAAGUGUGUGUCGUCAAUGGAUACGGCGCGAAAUUCGCUCUUUUGAA